UGAUUUUGUUUUCUGCAUAAUUUUAUAUAUUAACUAAACAGGUUUAUAUUUUAUCAGUAUAUGUUCUGAUUCCUAAGAAAAUGAUAAGAACGGACCAGUCCCAAACCUAUUUAACUAUUGGGAUAUAUAUUAUAGGAAUCAAAAACAUGAUAAAAUAGCAGCUAAAACUGGGAACAUGAUUACUUAUGUGGUGGACUUCAAGCCAACUAAACUAACAUUUCAUAUUAUGUAUAUUUCCUUAUAAAUAUAUUUGCAUAUUCAGGAAAAAUUCCACCAAUAAAACCCCUAUAUAAAAUCAGAAAAUGUUUAGUUUCCUUACCUAUUUUGCUUAUCAUGACCAAACACAUACUGUAAUCUAGAAAAGAUUAUGCAUUGAAGUCAAAAACCAUGCUUCCAAACAUAGCCUCACCUCCAAAAAAACAAAGCAAACCUUAAAGCCACAGCCAUCUUCACUUGAAAGCAAACACACAACACAUCCUAUAAAAACCCCUCCAACACAAUCCCAACUUAAUCAAACCCAACAAAAAACAUAAACACCAUUAAACCAAACAUGGCCUUCCAAUCAUUCCCUAAGCUACUCUUCCUCGUGGGCCUCGUCUUACUCUCCCUCUCGAUUGCGGCCCAGGCCCACGACUUCUCGAUUGUGGGCUACACUCCAGAUGACCUCACGUCCAUCGACAAGCUUAUAAACCUAUUCGAGUCGUGGAUUGACAAGCACGGCAAGAAGUACAUGAACAUUGAAGAGAAGUUGCAUAGGUUCGAGAUUUUCAAGGACAACUUGAAACGCAUACACGAGCGAAAUAAGGUCGUUACCAACUACUGGCUCGGGUUGAAUGAGUUUGCCGACUUGAGCCAUGAGGAGUUCAAGAAGACGUAUUUGGGGCUCAAGGUCGAUAGGCUCCCAAAUAGAGACGAGUCCACUCGGGAAUUUAAGUAUAGGGACUUUGAGAACGUGCCAAAAUCGGUCGACUGGAGAGAAAAAGGGGCCGUUACCCGUGUCAAGAACCAGGGCACAUGCGGGAGCUGUUGGGCAUUUUCGACAGUGGCGGCAGUUGAGGGCAUAAACCAGAUUGUGACGGGGAAUCUAACCGAAUUGUCCGAGCAAGAGCUUAUCGACUGCGACACGACUUACAACAACGGGUGCAAUGGAGGACUAAUGGAUUACGCGUUUGCUUACAUUGCCGAGAAAGGUGGGCUCCACAAGGAGGAGGACUAUCCGUACGCUAUGGAAGAAGGAACUUGUGGACUAGACAUGGCUGAGUCAGAAGUGGUCACCAUCGACGGCUACCAUGACGUGCCAGCAAACGACGAGCAGAGCUUGCUGAAAGCAUUGGCUAACCAGCCUUUAAGUGUGGCCAUUGAUGCUUCUGGUGAAGAUUUUCAGUUCUACAAAGGGGGUGUGUUUGAUGGGAGCUGUGGAACUGAACUCGAUCAUGGAGUAGCGGCUGUUGGAUACGGAUCGAUCGAGGGUUCGGAUUACAUCAUAGUGAAGAACUCGUGGGGCCCAACAUGGGGAGAGAAAGGGUACAUAAGGAUGAAGAGAAAUACAGGGAAGAGUGAAGGGAAGUGUGGCAUCAAUAAGAUGGCCUCUUUUCCCACAAAAAACAAGUGAAGAAAAAGUGAAUGAAGUUGUUGUGAUGUUAGGUUUACUUGCUAUGAAUAUGAUCAAUUGUUACUCUUGUUCUACUGUAUUCAUACUUUCUUUGAUUCAUGUGUAAUCUUUGUCCUGAAAAUUGUAUUGCAGAAAUUCAUUUGCUUGGAGUAAUUUAAUUUCUUCUUUUAUAUUAUUAAUAUUUGUAGCAAAAUUGGCAUUGUAAAAGAUUCUUUUUUCAGUAAAGGAAAUAUUAAA